AUUUUGUUUAAUGUCUGAGUAGCCUUAGCAAGAUGGAAUUUAAAAUGAUUAUAUUGAAUCAUUAAGAGAGGAAUAAAACUUCCUUAUGAUAAAAUACAAUGAAAAAAGGGAAAAUGAAAAGAUGUAAAUGGAAGAAGCUGCAAAAAAGUUUGUUUAAAUAGAUCCUUUAUCUUAAAAAAAAUUAGACAGACCAACAAGAGCAGGUGGUGUUUAUGUACCACCACACAAGCUUAGAGAAAUGGAAAAUGAAAUAAAAAUGAGUAAUAAAAAUAGUGUUGAAUAUUAAAGACUAAUGUGGGAAUUGUUAAGAAAAUCAAUAAAUGGCAUUAUAAAUAAGGUUAAUAUUACAAAUAUCUAAAACAUAAUAGUAGAAUUAUUUAAUGAAAAUAUAUUAAGAGGGAGAGGAUUAUUAGCAAGAGCAAUAAUAAAAGCUUAAAUGGCUUCACCAAAUUUUACAAUGGUUUAUGCUGCUUUAAUUUCUGUAAUAAAUACAAAAUUACCAGAAAUAGUAAAUCUAAUAAUUAGAAGAGUGAUUGUUUAAUUUUAGAGAGCAUACAAAAGAAAUAAUAAAAUAGUUUGUAUGGCAAUAACAAAAAUGAUUGCUCAUCUGAUAAAUUAGAAAGUUCUAAGUGAUUUAGUAGGAUUAGAAUUAUUAUACAUACUAUUAGAAAGUCCAACAGAAGAUUCUGUUGAAUUAGCAUGUGAUUUUACAAUAGAAUGUGGAUAAGUAAUGAGUGAUAUAUCUCCGUAAAAUGUAUCUACAAUUUUUGAAAGAUUUAAAGGAAUAUUACAUGAAGGAACAAUAAGUAGAAAAGUUUAGUAUAGAAUUGAAUAGUUGUUUGCAACAAGAAAAACAAAAUUUGUUGAUCAUCCUGGAGUAAUACCUGAUUUAGAUUUAGUAGAAGAAGAUGAUUAAAUAACACAUUAAAUUGAUAUUGUUGAUGAAUUGGAUGCUGAAGAUAAUUUAAAUUUGUUUUAAUAUGAUUCUUUUUUUGAAAAAACUGAAAAUGAAUGGGAAGAAAUAAAAAAAGAAAUUUUAGGAGAAGAAAACAUAAUUAUGUUAAAAACAAAACAAUAAGUUGAUUUUAUGCCAGAGAUAGAAGAAGAAUAAGAAUAAGCUAAAGAUUUUACAGAAAGAGAUCUUCUAAGUUUAAAAAGAGUUAUCUAUUUAACAAUCUAAAGUAGUGUAGAUUAUGAAGAAUGUUUACAUAAAAUUAUUAAAAUGUAAACAGGGAUAGGUCAUGAAGAUGAAGUUUGUAAUAUGAUAAUUGAUUGUUGUAUGCAAGAAAGAACAUAUUUAAGAUUUUUUGGACUUUUAGGAUAAAGAUUAUGUGAAAUUGCAGAAAUUUUUAGAGAUAAUUUUAUGAAAUGUUUUGUUGAAAAAUAUGCAACAAUGCAUAGAUAUGAAACUGCAAAAAUUAGAAAUAUAUCUAAAUUUUUUGCGCAUCUUUUUUUUACUAAUGCAAUUGAUUGGAGAAUUUUAAAAUGUAUAUCAUUAACAUAAGAAAGUACUACCUCUUCAGGUAGAAUCAUGAUUAAAUGUUUAUUCUUAGAAUUAGCUGAAAAUAUGAGUUUACCUGCUUUGAAAAAUAAAUUAAUGGAUCCAGAACUUAAAGAUUAUCUUGCUGGUUUAUUUCCAAUUGAUCAUCCUAAAAAUACAAGAUUUUCUAUUAAUUUUUUCACUAGUAUUGGAUAAGGAUUAUUAACAGAAGAGUUGAGAUAAAUUUAUGAAUAAUAAAACAAAAUAGAAUUUUAGCAUGCAUAAGAAGUAAUAAUUAUUUAUAAUUUUUAGGCUCUUAAAUAAUUUGGAACCUCAGCAGAAGAAGAUAGUGAAAGUGAUGAAAGUGAUAGUAGUGAAGAUUCUUCUUCAGAUGAUAGUAGUGAUAGUGAAUCAUCAAAAGAUAAAUUAAAAAAGAAUCAAAUAGAUAAAAAAAAAAAAGAAGAUGAAGAUAAUAAUAAAGCUAUUACUAAUAGUACAAAAGAUAAAACAAAAGAUAAAGAUAAAGGAAAAUAAAAAGAAAAAUAAAGAGAUAAAGAAAAAGAUAAGGAAAAAGAAAGGGAAAAAGAAAAAGAAAGAGAAAAAGAAAAAGAAAGAGAAAAGGAGAAAGAGAGAGAAAGAGAAAAAGAAAAAGAGAGAGAAAGAGAAAGAGAAAAAGAAAAAGAAAGAGAAAAGUAAAAGUAAAAGGAAAAAGAAAAAGAAAGAGAAAGAGAAAGAGAAAGAGAAAAGUAAAAGGAAAAAGAGAAAGAGAGAGAAAGAGAAAAAGAAAAGUAAAAAGAAAAAGAAAGAAAAAGAGAGAAAGAAAGAGAAAGAGAAAGAGAGAAAGAGAAAGAAAAAGAGAAAGAAAGAAAAUAAAAAGAGAAGGAAAAAGAAAAAAAAGAUCAGAAAAAAAAAUAUAGAAGUCCUAGCCCUAGUAAUAGUGACAGUGUUAGUGUUAGUGAUAGUAGAAGCAGAAGUAGGAGUAGAAGUAUAAGCAAUAGUAGCAGUUAAAGUAGUAGUAGCAGCAGCGAAAGCAAACCAUAACAUAAAAAGCAUAAAUGA